AUGAGUUACUUCCUGGCGCUGUCCAGCACCCACGGGGAGGCGGUGGUGUCCCGCUACCGGGCCCUGCGGGACGAGAAGUUGCUGUGCGAUGUGGUGCUGGUGGCCGAGGGCACCGAGUUCCGCGCCCACCGCUCGCUGCUGGCCUGCGCCAGCGACUACUUCAGGUGCCUGUUCAAGGCACACACGCGGGAGGCGGGCGCGGCCGUGGUGCAGCUCCAGCUGGUGUCGGCCGGCGGCCUCGGCCGGGUGCUCGACUUCAUCUACUCGUCGUGCCUGGCGCUGUGCCCCGACAGCCUGGAGCAGACGUUGGAGGCGGCCAGCUACCUGCAGGUGCCCGAGGCCCUGCGCCUCUGCUCCGUCUACCUGGCCAGCAGCCUGAGCACCGCCGGCUGCUGCCGCUCGGCCAACCUGGCGUCCGGCUUCGCGUUGCCCGAGGCGCGGCGGCGCGCCGACCUCUACAUCGCCACCAACCUGUGGCGCCUGCUGGAGCUGGGAGCCGAGCGCAGCGGCCUGGCCGACCUCAACCCCGACUCGCUGGGAGCCGUGCUCGACUCCGAGCGGCUGCCCGGCGUCCCCGAACCCGCGCUGCUGGGGCUGGCCCUCGACUGGCUGGGCCGCGGCCCGGAGCCCGACCCCGAGCGCUGGAGCCACGCCGACCGGCUGCUCAGCCGCAUUCGCUACGGCCUCGUCCCCUGCGCCGAGCUGCAGCGGCUGCUCCUGCACGGAGGGCAGGGAGCCGCCGGCCGAGCCCCCGGCGCCCGCCGCCUCAUCACCCAGGCCGUGCGCUACCACCACGCCGAGGCCCGGCAACCGGUCCGCCAGAGCCGGCAGAGCACGCUGAGGAGCGGGCAGCGGCAGCUGGUGGCCGCCGGCGGGCUGCUGCUGCUGCUGGAGCGGCCGGAGAGUGGCGAGGCCACCGCCGCCGCCGCCCGGGCCAUCUCCGGCCUGUCGGCCCUCGAUCCCCGCACCGGCUGCUGGAGGCCGCUGGCCGACGGCCCGAGGGUGCAGGGACACUGCGUGUGUGUGCUCGGCGACUUCUUGUUCGUGCUCGGCGGAGAACUGCUGGAAGAGGCCGCGGAUCAGCAGCAGCAUCAGGCCGGGGCUCAGGCCCAAGCCGGGGAGUCGGCUAACAGCGGGCCGCAGCCGAUGCCCAGCCGCCGCGUGUUUCGGUACGACCCCCGCUCCAACAGCUGGAGCCGGGCGGCGAACAUGCUGAAGCGGCGGGCUCAGUUCGCCUGCUGCGUGCUGGGCGAGCGCAUCUUCGCGCUGGGAGGCCGCUGCGACGCCGGCCAGGCCUCGCUCUCGGCCGCCGAGCUGCUCGACCUGGGCGGCAGCGGCCGCUGGUUGGAAGCGGCCGAACUGCCGCAGCGGCUGCACGGCCACGCCUGCGCCGUCCACGCCGGCACCAUCUACGUGUCGGGCGGCCGGCCGGCUGGCCAGGCCGAGGCCUGCAAGGAGAUGCACAGCCUGGCGCCGCAGGCGGGGGCAAGUUGGCAGCGCUGCCCGCCCAUGACCAUCGCCCGCUUCGGCCAUCAGAUGGCCACGGUGGGCGAGCGCAUCUACUCCUUCGUCGGCAUGUACGAGCCCUUCUGCGACAUCGAGUGCUACGAGCCGCUGCGCGCCCAGUGGCAGCGCCUCCGUCCCCUGAUCUUCGACCGCUCCUGCUACGGGCUGGCGGUGCUGGACGACACCGUCUACCUGGUGGGUGGCAAGAAGUGGCAGCAAGGCCGCGAGGUGCCGGCCCAGAGCACUGUGGCCUACGACCCGGCCUCCGACAGCUGGAGGGAGGUGUGCCGGCUGCCCGUGCCCCUGUACGGCGCUCAGUGCGGGGCGCUGCUCCUGCCCGAGCUGCCCGAUGCCUAGUGCAAACCCGGGCUGCGGUAGUGGCUCUGGAGAAUCGUGAGUGGGCGGCUGUAAUGGGUCAUUGGUUUAUUAUUGUCACAGCUACCGAGCUACAGUGAAAAGCUUUUGUUUGCGUGCCCCCCAGACAGAUCAGAUCAAACCAUAAAUAUAUCCAGGUAGUACAGAAAGGGAAAACAAUGCAGAAUAUAGUGUUAUAGUUACAGAGAAAGUGCAGUGCAGGUAGACAAAUGAAGUACAAGGGCUGUUGACUGGAAACAUUCAAUGCAGUAGGGUGCAGUCUGUUCCUAAACACGGGUGUAAACCGAGCAGAUGGUUUUACUGCUAUUAAACCUUCGGAUGGACAACACCUUGACGAGAUACAAAAAAAUCCCUUUCCACAGCAAAGUUGAAAGCCGAAUGAGCAGGUGCCUUUUUCUCAUUCAAUGUAUAGUAAAUAAUAAAACGUUCAGGUGGAUAAACUUUGACUGAACUCUACCCCACUGAGUGCAAGUUAAGAUACAACUCACCGUGCACAACACAAACUGAGUGGAUGACUUCUGCA